UCAAACUCAAUCUAAAUUAGAAUUUUCCUCACAAACAAGUACAAUACAUUUAUGGUAAGGAUAUUACACUCACUUUUCCCUUUUUUUUGACAGGUUUACAUUUAAUUAACCUGGUCGAGUGGACAACUACUAUAAAAUCUGUGGUGGGCUUUGAGUUGGACACUGAACCAAGACAAUCUCCUCGUCCUUUCUUUAAUUCUAUUUGUUGAUGAUGAUGAUGAGUAAAGGUAGAAGUGUUCCGAAAAGCACAAGCUAUGAAUUCGGGAGCGAGCUAAGAAGAGGGCCAUGGACCCUUGAGGAAGACAAUCUUCUCAUUCAGUAUAUAAGUUGCCACGGCGAAGGCCGCUGGAAUUCCUUAGCCAAAUUUGCAGGGCUGAAGAGAACAGGGAAAAGCUGCAGAUUGAGGUGGUUGAACUAUUUGAAGCCUGACAUAAAGCGUGGAAACCUCACCCCGCAUGAACAACUCACCAUUCUUGAACUCCAUUCCAAAUGGGGAAACAGGUGGUCCAAAAUUGCGCAGCAUUUACCAGGGAGGACAGACAAUGAAAUCAAGAAUUACUGGAGAACAAGGGUGCAGAAACAGGCCCGUCAGCUCAAGGUUGAUUCCAACAGCAAGAAAUUCCUCGAAGCAAUUCGCACGUUUUGGAUGCCAAGAUUGAUGGAAAAAAUGGAGCAAGAUUCAUCCCUAACAUCCUCUCCCUCUUCCUCAAUCUCAUCCAUGGAGACUCAAAAUUUUACAGCCCCUUCACCAGUUUCCAGCCAGGUACCUCAGCCCUCAUCAAAACCCGGCAACGGGGUGAACAGUUCAGACAGUAAUUACUCAGCCAAAAUCUCACCGCUGCCAGCUGAGAGUUUAGUAACUGGUAAAAUCCAAUCUGAAAAUUCACUAGAGGACAAUUAUUACUAUGUGGGGAGUCCUAGCUAUGACAUGCAAGAACUGGAGGCCCAAGAUAUUUCCCUGUCGGAAUGCCAUGUGGCGGAGAUCGAUUGGUUCUGGAACACUGAUGAAUUGUGGCAAUUCCGGAAGCCUGGAGAAGUUGGUGUCUGUCUAGAUAUAUAGAUCUUAGAGUUUGAAAUUGAAGUGGCCCUUGUUUUUGUAGUAGGGUCAAGAAAAAGGUGACUGAAAGUCUAGUUUAUGAUAAUGCUUAUGUUUCUGUUGGCUACUCUCUAAGUGAUAAAAUUCCAUGUCUACUGUGAAAUCAAUCACUUCCAACUAUAUAUCUAUCAUGAAAAGGAUUGGGAUCGGUAGGUUUAGGGCUAGUCCUAGUGUCAUCUAAUCAACUUUUCCCUUAUGAAUUUUCUUUGUAGAAUUAAUAAUAAACGAGCCCUUGUGUUUGAA